AUGGACCGACCACGAUCAACCUCGCGCCCUCGGCCCUCAUCACGACCAACAACCCCUCUUCGCCCAAGCUCGCGCUCUUCACUACGAGAAGCACACGGAUAUGGAAACAGCAUCGGCACCGCGGGAUACACACAACCAGCCAUAAAUGCCUUGGAACCACAAUUCGCCGAGCUGGCCGACUCCAUGGCAGAUCUGGAGGCCAAUUUCAUGCACCUGCAGCUGAUGCACGAGAGCCUGACGCGCUUCAGCGAGAGCUUCGCCAGUUUCCUCUACGGAUUGAAUAUGAAUGCCUUCUGUGUUGAUUUCCCAGAGGCGCCCAUUGCCGAUUCCUUUAAGAGAGCUAAACAACAGGAAGAAGAGAAAGAGGAGGAAGCAGAGCCUACGCGACCGGCUGAUGAUGGCGAGAUGACUUUUAUGACUACCGAUACGACCUUUGUUGAGAAUCCCCCGAGCACUGUCUCCUCUAAACCGACCUCCAAGUACAGUGCGGCUGGGCGCGUCGCGUCGCGAGGUACUGCCCGCGGAGGGGCGACUAGUCGGUACACGACCAGAGGGACUGCGCGCGGUGCUGCGCGCGGUGCUCGACCGACAUAG